UUACGUUUUAUUUUUUGCUUAGAAAUGGAAGCACUUUUCCAAAACACACGUGCGCUGGUGUGCUGUAAAUAAAUUUUAGUAGUAAAAUAUAAACAAGUAACUUUAAAAUAGUUAUCUAAUAUAAUUUUUGAAACGACGCAUUUCAAUUUAACGACAAGAGCAUGGGUGGCAAUAAGUUUGAUAACCAUACUGGUGUUAAAAGGAAACGCAAAUUUCAAGGACCGGCUGGACAGGAUGAUCCCGAAUUUGAUUUGAAGAAAAAGCAUUUGGAGACAACACACAUACGCGCAUUGGAGAAACGUUUAAUAAUUAUUUUGGAAGGUGCACAAUUGGAGACCGUAAAAGUCGGUAAAGUGUUCGAGCUACUUAACUGUGACGAUCAUCAGAAUAUUAUGCGUAAAAACAAUCGUGAUCCUGGUAAAUGUCGUCCCGAUAUAACGCAUCAAUGCCUGUUAAUGCUUUUCGAUUCGCCUUUAAAUCGCGCUGGUUUAUUACAAGUGUAUGUGCGUACAGAGAAAAAUGUGCUAAUUGAAAUUAAUCCGCAAACACGUAUACCACGCACAUUUAAACGUUUUGCGGGCUUGAUGGUGCAACUGUUGCAUAAAUUCUCCGUGCGCGCUAGUGACACCUCGGCCAUGUUGAUGAAGGUCAUAAAGAAUCCGAUAACAGAUCAUUUGCCUGUUGGUUGCAAGAAGUACGCAAUGUCUUUUUCGGGCAAGCUCAUGUCCAAUUGUCGCGAUUUGGUGCCAAGAGUACAAGUUAAUGGUGAAAACACAGAGGAAAUUUCCGAAGAACCCAUCGCGUUAAUUGUGGGUGCUUUCGCGCACGGUGUGCUCAAUCCAGAUUAUUCGGAAGGCUUAUUUUCCAUUAGCAAUUAUCCAUUAUCAGCAGCGAUCGCAUGUAGCAAGUUGUGCAGUGCCUUCGAAGAAGUGUGGGGUGUUGUUUAGUCUUGCAUUAUUUUGUAUGUAUUUAAGUAAGUUUACUUAGUAAUUAAGUAAAAUAAAACAAAAAUUUACAAAACAGCA